AUGGUUUACCGCCAGGCCAGGCCAGUAUUCGGACCUGAAGAUACGAGUUUUGGAAGUGCUUGUUCGACAACGCAGCAGCCGGAGCCGUCGCGCAAUUACCUUUCUAAAAUCAAGGCCUCUCCAUGUUUCCGAUUCAUAUCGGGGUCCGUUAUUUGCUUGAAACGCUGGGAAGAUCCCGUUAGCCAAAAAGAGACGGCUGUACUGCUUACGGAUUUAAAAUCGGGCGCGAAGAUUGCCGUCAUCAAAGGACAAUUCCAACAAGUCGUCUCAGACCGGCGAGCUGAGGCUCUCAACCUAAAAUUGUACAACGCGGUCGCCGGGGCAGCUACAAACUCGCAGUAUUGUGGUCUUCAGAACGAUAUGGCUCUGAUGUCAGGUGGAGCAAUCAUCAAGGCCGUCCAAGCAAGAAUCUCACCAGGGCAGAUUCUGUCCAUAUAG